CCUUGGCUGGGCCCCACAGGAAACGGAGGCGUGGAGGACCACCCCCAAGCAGCCGCUUAAAGGGGCAUCGGCCUGCGGCUGCAGGAGGUCCCUCUGCACCAUGACUCCCUGGCUGCUGACCCUGCUGCUGCUCCUGGCCGGGCCCCCAGCCGUGCGGCCUGCGCCCCCGACCUGCUACUCCAGGAUGCUGGGCCUGAGCCGGGAGAUCACCGGUGACUUCCAGAGCCUGCAGGCCAUGGAGCCCUCGGAGCCGUGCGUGAGAUACCUGCCCCGGCUGUACCUGGAUAUACACAACUACUGCGUGCUGGCCCAGCUGCGGGACUUCGUGGCAUCGCCCCACUGCUGGAAAGUGGCCCAGGUGGACGUCCUGAAGGACAAGGUGCGGAAGCUCUACACCAUCAUGAACUCGUUCUGCAGGAGAGACCUGGUGUUCCUGUCGGAUGACUGCAAUGCCUUGGAAUACCCGAUCCCGGCGACCACGGUCCUGCCAGACCAUCGGGGCUGAGGCGGCCACACCGGAGACAGCGCCCAGGGGGCUGAAUUAGGCCGGCUGCCUGGGCACAGUGGGCUACAGCCGUGUCCCCUCAGGUCUCCCCGUCCACGGUAGCAUCUCAAACUGUCAUGUGCCUCUCCGCCUCUGGACAGCAGGCUUGCGCCCAGACGCUGGAGCUGGCCUGAGCCUAGUGAGAAGCCCGCUGUCCCUCCCCGGGCCGCUCAGCAGGCCGCACGCAGGCGUAUUCAUUCGCUCACGAGCAGGAAAGGGGGACCAGCGCCUCUCCCGACAGCCAGCUGCAGGGCCAGCAAAGGACCGCGUGCGUGGUGCUCCUCGAGUGGGGCCGCCGGGCCGUUUUCCUUUCUCCGUAGGAACCUGCUUACGUUUAUCCAGCCCCCCGCCUUAUGCCCGCUCCCACCACAAACUUUCCCAGAGUUGCUUUUGUCUUUAAGGAAAUGUUACCGCCUAUAAGAUGUAUUUGCAAGGCCUGUAAUUACACAGCGCUGACGGGAACUGCUUUCAACGGCAGGUGAUGCAAAGCAAAUAAAGACGAUCUUUCCAGUGA